CACUCACAAAGUUCUCAACAGCAUAACAUAGAUUACGAAUUACGAACCUAAAGGGAAAAUAGAUCCCUGACUGUAGUAGAACUCAAUACCAACUUUACAUCACAUAAUGUCGAACAAGAACGCGGAGGUUUCCAAAAGCGAGGAGAGCUUUUCGUGGACGAGGGACGGGAAAAUCUUAUCGAAAAAUCUGUUGUACACUCCGCUGGUAGCAUAUCAAAAAGCACUGCUUAUCGAGGAGCCAUCGACCUCUACGAAAACUGAGUACCACCCAUCCCACUACAUGCUCAGUAGAAAAUCGGUGCCCAAAUCUCUCCAGGAAUCAUCUUUGGUUUCUCUCUUCCAUUCGGUUUCUUGUGACUACCACCGGAAUCGUGCGGGAGUGAACGAUGCCAAGAACAAUGGGAGUCGUCCGAUGGGCUUGUCGGAUAUAGAAGAGAAAAUUCGACAACGUGCCAUUGCUUUGAUAGGAGGAGGCAUAAAUUCAUCGAUUUCAGUCAGUCAAAAACCACCGCGGUCGAAAAAAAGAAGACAAAGGAGCUGGGAAGAGAAAAAUGACGUUCUCGAUAGGUUUUCUUCUUCGUCUGGAGCGUCGAAGUUGGCCGACGUUGUCCCCUUCCUCGAAAGGCUAAAUGCUGCUUGGAAUGAAUAUAUCUGGGAGCUUCUUGUGAGAGAUAGAAUUUCUAUUGAUAGUAGGAAUGUGACAGGUGAUACCGCAAAAGAAAUCAGAAGCGAACUAUCCCGUUUGACGUGGCCCAGGAUCGAUAGCAAGAUAUUACAUAGUAGUAACGUUAGUUCAAGAAAUGCAAAAGAGGGAAUUUUUCACCAUCCUUUUGAGAUAAUUGGAUCCCAUGUUCAGAUCAAGAGUUGUAAAUCGCAUCGCUCCUGGUCUGGAAGGUUUGGUGUGGUGGUUGGUGAAACGACAAAUACGUACCGAAUCGCGGGUUUCGUUUGUCGCAAAAACAAGAAAAGGGCAAGAAGAAAGAAAUCAGACACCAUAAAAGCCAGGAAGGUUGGAACGAGCGAUACUAAUUAUGGAAACAGCGAAGUUGAAGCAUUGGCCUUGGAACAAAAUGCUUCCCAUGAUUUCAAAGAAAAGCGAAAUGAUAAGGCUGACUCAGGCGUUGGUGGAUCCGAUGCAUUACGCGUCGAAGUCUUUCUCUUGCCGAAGCUUGGAUCAUCCUUUCAGUUGAUCAUUCCGCUUCCAUUCAAUCAAGCAAAACAAAAGAAUGCUAAUGAAAGUAAGACAGUUGAUACAGACUGUAGCGUCAUUCCAGAUAGUAUAAUCUCCGUUCCGACUGAGGCAAUUGGUAUUUCAAUCACAGAGCCGAGCCAAGCAAUGUAGUUCUCUUAACUUCUUGUCUGUGAGGCAGGAUACUAAUAAUUAAAAUUAACGGUG